AUGCCUACAUUUGUUCGUGCUGAACUCAUCAACAACACUCUUCCUUCGAAAAUCCGAGUUUCUUGGGUUGAGGGUUUUGACGGGAAUUCACCCAUCAUAAAGCAUUCUGUUGAAAUGCGAACAGUGGGACCUACUCAGCUGUGGAGCGAUUGGGAAGUUGUUGUGGACAAUGUCCCAACUGAAGAAUGCUGCUCUGUACUUGUUGAUAACCUUCGGCCAUCAGUAACUGCUGAGUUUCGCGUGAUUGCUUCUAAUCGUUAUGGAUCGGGAAAACCGUCUUUGCCAUCA